AAAAGAAAAAAUGAAGAUUUGAGGAAUAAAAGUAUUGUAUAAGAUUAAAAUGCGUUUAAUCUCUACUUUUAUAUCGUCUAAGGGUUAAAACAGCUAGUAAUGUUAAGAAAGACUUCUGCUAGCAUUAGUAUAAUAACUAUUCACCAGGGAUAUGUGUUCAAAGGAUAAAGAGUGAAAAAGGAGCCAAGAUUAUUACAAUGAGCACAAUGGCAUUAGACGUACAAUGUUCUCUAAGAGAAGCCCUGUACGAAACACUGACCGGUAUUCUGUCUCCUCAUAGAGAGACACGUCAAGCAGCUGAACAGAGGAUUCAAGCGUUGGAAGUUACAGAAGAAUUUGGCAUACAUUUAACAGAAUUUGUAGUAGAUCAGAAUGGACAUUUACCUAUCAGGCAAUUAGCUUCUGUAUUGUUAAAGCAAUAUGUACAGACACAUUGGUCUUCCGUGGCUGAAAAAUUUCGCCCUCCUGAAAUAAAGCGUGCGAUAAAGGAGAGAAUCAAAGAAUUACUGCCAUUAGGACUUCGUGAAUCUAUUAGUAAGGUACGUACAGCAGUAGCUUACGCGAUAUCGGCGAUCGCACAUUGGGACUGGCCGGAAAAUUGGCCAGGCCUGUUCGAUAUACUUGUGAAUUGCUUAAGCGGUGAAAGCGAGUAUGCCGUUCACGGAGCAAUGAGAGUUUUAACAGAAUUUACCUCCGACCUUACCGAUAUUCAGUUACCUAACGUGGGACCAGUAAUUCUUCAAGAAAUGUAUAGAAUAUUUCAAAGCGAAAACCAAUAUUCUGUUCGAACCCGUGGCCGUGCAGUUGAAAUUUUUACGUCAAUUACGACAUUAGUCGCCGUUACAGGAAUGUAUCAAAAAGGAUUUACGGAGCAAUACUUACAGCCGGUGAUACCCAUGUUUUGCGAGAAAUUUGUUCAAUGUUUACGAGCACCCGAUGGGCCCACUAACGGUAGCGGGCUUAAAACUGACGUGAUCAAAGCAAUAAAUUGCCUAGUUAGCAAUUUACCUAAACACGUAAGAAGCUUUUUACCUCAGAUGCUGCCACCCGUUUGGGAAACUUUAACGCAAAGUGCAAAAAUUUAUCAAGAAAGUUACGUGAACGGAGAUGGAGAUACGAACGACAAAGAGGUUGAUUCAGACGGUGAAAUAAUUAACUUUAAUAAUUUGAUCAUCGCAAUAUUCGAGUUUGUUCACUCUAUAGUGGAUCGUAAACGAUUUUCAAAUCUUCUGGAUAAUUUGCUGCAAGAAGUGAUGUAUUAUUUAGUAAUCUUUAUGCAAAUAACAGACGAUCAAAUCGAAUUAUGGACGACUAAUCCUAAACAAUUCGUGGAAGAAGACGAUGUAUUCGCUUACAAUGUUCGUAUUUCCGCGCAGGAACUCUUAACAGCUCUAGUAAAUUAUUCGGAAGAAAAGGCGGUGAACGCGCUUUACGAAGUGGUGACGCGCCAUAUCGAAGCGACGAGUAGAUUGCAAAGUGGAAACAGCGGAGGCGAGAACAACGGAACAUGGUGGAAAUUACGGGAAUCGUCUAUUUUGGCGUUGAGCAAAAUAAAGGACGCUGUGGUGGGAAAGCAAGAGGCUGGAGUGCUUCGGUUCGAUAUCGUUCGAUUUUUGGACACGAUCGUUUUAGCUACCCUAAAAGAUCCAGGGGCACCGCCGUUACUUCUCGGUCGAUGUUUGUGCGUCGGUGGAAAGUACGCGGAGGUAAUGCCACCAGAAAUGAGUUCCCGUUUCCUGGAAGCAACGGUGAAUGGGCUACAGGAGAAUCAACUUUCGUGUAUUCGUAUCAGUGCCGUGAAGGCCAUUUAUUGGUUUUGCAAAGCGUCAACGGCGGAAAAUAACAGCAGUCUCGGCGAUAUAAUACGAUCUCACUUGGCAAAUAUAUUUCAAGGAUUGUUCAAUCUAGCCAAUCAACCAUCCACGGAAAUUUUAACUUUAACGAUGGAAACGCUGCAGGUGUUGGUUACGUUGGACAAAGCGUUCACCGCUUCGAUAGAGAACAAAGUUUGCCCGUUAACCAUCGCCGUAUUCUUGAAGUUCUACAGCGAUCCAGAGAUCUUGGAGUUAUGCCAGGACAUAUUCAAAAGUCUGUCCGAAAAUCCGGAUUGUAUAGGACCGUUGCAGACUCGUUUGAUACCGACGUUAACGAGCAUGAUGGCUGUGACGCCUAUGGAUAAAUCGAGAAACGAGAGAUGUCGAGGCGUGGCUCUGGAUGUUUUGCAAGUAUUGGUACAAUACUCGCCGAGACCUUUGAGCAGCGCGUUAGUCGAAACCGCGUUUCCUGCUGCGUGCCAUUGCAUCUUGAAUUCGGAGGACAACGAAACGUUGCAAAACGGUGGCGAAGUAAUACGCACUUACCUAGGAGUUGCGGCUCGCCAAGUGACGGUACAUCGAGACAACGACGGUCAAACGGGUUUACAGUACAUACUGCAGAUCGUGGCUCAGCUGUUGAAUCCGCAGUCGAGCGAGUUUACAGCGUCGUUCGUGGGGCGAUUGGUGACAACGUUAAUUAGGAAAGCGGGUAACACCUUGGGGGAAAAUCUGGACCUGUUACUGAAGGCAGUGUUGAGUAAAAUGCAGCGAGCCGAGACGUUGACCGUGGUACAGAGUUUGCUCAUGAUAUACGCUCAUCUGAUAAACACAGAGUUUGACGCUGUCCUAAAUUUUCUGUCAACCGUACCCGGUCCGACAGGACAGAGUGCUCUCGCUUUCGUGCUCACCGAAUGGGUCAGCAGGCAACACCUGUUCUUCGGUAGAUACGACCGAAAGGUGGCAACGGUUGCCCUAUGCAAGAUUUUGGAGUACGGCGUUACUCACGGCGACAGUCGUUUGAACGAGAUCACCGUCAAGGGAGACCAAAUAUUUUCAGGAAACGAAGAAGGUGUGAGGACUAGGAGUAAAGCCGAAUCACAGCCUUAUCAGUGGACCACGAUACCUGUUCUGGUCAAGAUAUUCAAGCUGAUAAUCAACGAAUUAUCCAACGACAUCGAAGCGGUCGCCGCGAAUCAGGACACGGACGUUAGUAUCGGUGUCUCGAACAGCGAGGACGAGAACGCUUACCUAGAUCCGGGCUACGAAACUAUGCAGAUGCUAGGAGAAGCUGCGAACGAAGCCCAGGAAGACGAAGAUGAUCCGGAGUUGCUGCAAGAUUCCAUUUAUCACUUGAAUCUGAGUCAAUACCUCAGGGACUUUUUGUUGAAUUUUUCAACUCAUCAUUGUUUUCCAGCGUACAUUCAGCAUUUAAAUAUUCAGGAACGAAAGGUUUUAAGCAGCUUAAACAUCAACGCAUCGUUCAUGUAA